ACGAGUUUUAUGUGCGCCGCACUAUCUGCGAAAAUGUCGAUCUUAAGUCGCGAAUUGGAUUUGAAUUCAAUUACGUUAUAUUAGAAAAUGUUUAAAAAUUCCGUUGUCUUGGCGUGCGAAUACUCAACCAUGUAUUAUAACUCAAUUUAUAAUACUUCCAACAUGUUCGACAUGAAACACUCCGAAAGUCAAGUUCAGCAACAGAUAUAUAACACAAGUCACCUAGGUUAUGUGCCAACUUCGAAUACUCGGAUUGUUAAGAAACGUAAUACAGCUAACAAAAAGGAGAGAAGGCGAACCCAGAGCAUAAACAAUGCGUUUUCCUAUCUGCGAGAAAAGAUUCCCAACGUUCCUACAGAUACUAAAUUAUCAAAGAUUAAAACAUUGAAGUUGGCCAUAUUGUACAUAAACUAUUUAGUUAAUGUUCUUGAUGGAGAUCAGGAUCCAAAAGGCGGAUUUCGAGCCGAACUCAAGCCGGUCAGUCGAAAGAUCUGUAGCGAAAAGAAGCACUGUUUGAAAUCAGAGAUUCAAAAUGUUCCAUUGUCGACCAAGGGCCGCACGGGUUGGCCACAAGAUGUUUGGGCAUCGGAACUUAUUCCAGAACACAAUUAAACCCAUAAUUUGCAUAAAUAAUAUUUCAUUCUAUAUAUGUAUAUAUAUUGAUAAACUAUAUUUAAAAC